AUGUCUGCAACAUUAAGAUCGAAUGUCCACGUAAAUUUUUUGGCACCUGAUUAUUUAGAUGUUAACGAUUAUUUUAAAAAAGUAGGUGCCCAAGACUGGAGGCUUAAGCAUUACCUAAAUUAUCGUUUGGAGACCGAAGAUAUAAUUCCAAGCUGGAUCACCGUUUACGAAGAUUGGUUUGCUUCUCUCAACAUUAUCUCAAAAACUAAUCAUAAAAAAAUUCCCGUCAGUGUAAUUUCGUUUUGCAAAGAAUUAGCAAAUUUUAGUACUUUUGAAGGAGAGUCAAUCCUAGAGCGUUGUAAGGAAUGGUACCAUAAUUUCUACGAGCGUUACUGUGAUCUGCAACUCACCGAGAGGGUCCAGCACAUAGAAGAAAAAAUAUACUCUUCUCAAAAAGUAAUAUAUUCGUCGCAAAAAUUAUCGGAGCUGUUACAAGGAACGACAAUUAUAAAAAAAAGAUCACAUGAUGACAACGAUGACAACAAAGCAGGCCCGUCAAAUGAAAAACGUAGUCGGCAUGAGGAUUUAUCGUGUGAAAGUACAACAGGAGCAUGUUUAGAGUCUUAUCAACGUGAACAAGACGAGCUACGAAUACUUGAAAUCGAGACUGAAGAACCUCCGAUUGAGUGGGAAUUUAGUGCACCAAAACCAAAUUGGCUAGAUAAAAUAGCUCAGGAGCAACAAUUGUUAACUUCUGCAUUGUUUUCUAAUGAUGAUACAAAAAUUCGAUAUGAACUGUCAUUAAAUCCAAUCUUGUGGAAAAUCAUUGAUUUAUUUGAUCAAAGAACCACGAACCUUUUAUCAGAAAAUGAAUUAUCAGAAUUAAAUACAACAGUUUCAGCUUCUCUUAAAAAUUGGACGAUCUUGGAACCUAUGGCAGAGAGAUAUCUCCAUUCUUUAGCAAAACUUGAUGGCAAUCAACUUCGCAUCAUUGGUGAAAUUGUAAGACCCAAGGGUACACAUGGCGCAAUCCUUGAAUUGCAAAAAAUAUUAAAUAACAUUAAAGGAAACCCACCCGAAGAAUCUGAUGAUGAUCUCUUUGAGGAUAAAAGUACUUUUGAAAAUGAUAAUAAAAACUUUCAUGAAGAAAUCCAAUUAUCUACCAAAGAUCACACGAAUGCUGAUGUUGCAUUCAUUUUCGAUUUAAUUAGAUUCACAUGCGAAAUGAUCGCAAAAGGAAUCCCCCAGCGACAAAAUUCCGAACGAGACAUUGAUAUGUUUAUAAAGAGACACAUUUUUUCUUGUUUCGAUACUAUAUUAGAUAGUCAUUUUGGGGAAGUAGUAUCGAGGGCUUCCAGGAAUCGUCGAGCAGUAGCUAUAGAUGCACCAAGUAACACAGAGGGAUAUCAUCUCGACUGGAUGUUUACAAAACAUGAUUUAGGGAAAGAAUUGUACUGGGGUCGUGAGUUUUCCCUCUGUGAGAGAACUAGUUCCAAAUGUGAAGAUACGUCAAAGGUUCUUUCGAAUACCCUUAAGGUACAAAAGACCUUAAGAGAUAUGCAUCGAAAUUUAAUAGAGUCAAUAUCUGAUGAGAGCGGUGGAAUGUUAUCAAUGCCAGUUCUUCAUGCUAGCACCAAACUUUUGAUGCCCGGAUUUUUGUCGUCAUAUUUUUUCUUACGUGCUAUGCUGAUUGUCUACAUUGGAGGUGGAUUUUACGUAUCUGCCAAUUUAGCGGAUCUUUAUAUCCCAACCAAAUAUGAAGAACUCGAAUCUAUUCUUAAAAUUUCACGAGUAAUGCUUCAAGUAAAGAAAUUAUUAUCCUUUACUAUUUCGCGGUUUAAAAGUAUAAAGAACAGAGCAGAAAAAGAAAAAUUUGCACCCGGAAGAGUGGUAAUUCCUGCCAGACAGCAGGAACACCGAUCGCCCCCCCAAAAAAAGAAUCAUUGA